GCCUAACCAUUUUAAUGUUGGGGACAAUGAUAUGCAACAGCCCAGCCAUUUUAAUGUUGGGGACAAUGAUAUGCAACAGCCCAGCCAUUUUAAUGUUGGGGACAAUGAUAUGCAACAGCCCAGCCAUCUUAUUGUUGGGGACAAUGAUAUGCAACUUCUUAAAGUUAGAGUCAAAGACAAUCUAGCCCAGCCUCCACCACCACUAGAUGGAGCUUCAUUAGAUUACAGUUUAGUAAAGAAUGCAUUAAGAUGUUGCAAGAAUGAAGAUGACCUUGACCUUAUUUAUAUUGAAGACAGCGAUGAUGAGCUGACCAGCUCAGAGAGUGCCAUUGAAGUUGUUUGUGUGUCCACUGAGGACAGUCUCUCUGAAGAUAGCGAUGUGGAUCAACCAUCUUUUGUGUCAAACAAGGCAACAUCAAUGUACGAGAUACCAUCUGGCAGUGAUAUCCCAUUACAGUGUGAGACCCCAUCAGUUUCAGGGACCCCAUCAGGUUCUGGGACCCCAUCACGUUCUGGGACCCAAUAUGUGGAAACGCCGCAUGUGAAAGUUGUAAGAAAGAAAGCUGAGAGAGAAAAAUUACCAGGAGCCUCUUGUGGCAUGUGUGAAAAGUACUUUCAAAGCUUUGGAUCUGUAUCCUCUCUACUAAAGAUGCACAGUAGUUCAAGACACAGGGAGAGAUACCCUCGGCCAAAAACUCCAGAACAUUUUUGGGACUUGGACUUUGCUGAUGUGGAAGAGAUUACACAAUGUUGUCAAAGGGAGGCAACACCUCAUCCACAGAUUGCCCGACGUAAAAGGCCACUGCUGAAAAAAUUUACUUCAAAAAAUGAAAGAUCUGAUGCAGCAAUAACACAUUCAAAUUUGUCUUGACAAUCUAAGCCAAACAUUUUCUGGACAAUCUAACCCAAACAUUGUCUG